CUCUCUCAUCCCAUAACACUGCAGAGAGCGCACUGUUGGAACUCUUAAACUUUCUUUUUAACUUUUUUUUUCUGUCUUUAGUUCGAACAAUAUGAUUUGGUUUCUGUGCGUAAUCGCUGCCUUUGCGUCCGUGCCAACACACGCGCAAAUCAACAGCCGGUAUGUUAUCGGAUGUCCAGCUCGGUGCGACAAGUCGAUGUGUCCCCGGGUACCAGCGGACUGCCCGGCGGGACAAGCUCUCGACGCCUGCAACUGCUGCCCGGUGUGUGCGCUCGGAGAGGGCGAAGCGUGCGGCGGCAGCGGGAAGCUCGGGGACCCGGUGUGCGGAGAGGGGCUGGAAUGCUUGGUGUCCGGCGGGGUGUCGUACUCCGUGACGGUAAGGAGGAGAAGUAAGAGCGGGACUUGCGUUUGUAAAGACACUGACCCGGUUUGUGGGAGCGAUGGGGUGUCGUACCGGAAUAUCUGCGAGCUGAAGAGGGUGAGCCGGCGUGCGCAGAAGCUGCAACAGCCACCUGUGCUCUUCAUUCAGAGGGGAGCCUGUGGGAAAGCUCAGGAAAACCCAGACAGCCCAAGACACAAAUACAACUUCAUCGCUGACGUGGUGGAGAGAAUCGCACCUUCUGUGGUUCACAUUGAACUUUACCGCAAGAUGACCUAUUCCAAGCGGGAGGUGGCGGUGGCCAGUGGUUCUGGUUUUGUUGUGUCAGAAGACGGUCAGAUUGUGACCAAUGCCCACGUGGUAGCUAACAAACACAGAGUGAAAGUGGAACUGAAGAGUGGAGGCUCCUAUGAUGCCAAAAUCAAAGAUGUGGAUGAGAAAUCAGACAUUGCACUCAUUAAAAUUGAUGCACCGACCAAGCUUCCAGUCCUGUUGCUGGGUCGAUCUUCAGACUUAAGGCCAGGGGAGUUUGUUGUUGCCAUCGGGAGCCCGUUUUCCCUCCAGAAUACUGUAACCACAGGAAUCGUCAGCACCACUCAGCGAGGGGGAAGAGAGCUGGGCCUUCGUAACUCUGACAUGGACUAUAUCCAGACUGAUGCCAUCAUCAAUUAUGGCAACUCUGGAGGCCCUUUGGUAAACCUGGACGGUGAGGUGAUUGGAAUCAACACGCUGAAAGUGACAGCUGGCAUAUCCUUUGCCAUACCAUCAGACAAAAUCCGAGAGUUCCUGGCAGAGUCCUAUGACAGGCAGUCCAGAGGAAGAGGAGCUUCAAAAAAGAAGUAUAUCGGUGUGAGGAUGAUGACUCUUACUCCGACGCUUGCCAAAGAGCUGAAGACUCGCCACCAUGACUUUCCUGACAUCACCUCUGGAGCUUACGUUAUGGAGGUCAUUGCAAAGACACCAGCUGCAACGGCUGGACUCAAAGAGCAUGAUGUCAUAAUCUCAAUAAAUGGCCAGAGGAUCUCGACAGCCGCUGAUGUCAGCGCCGCCAUCAAGACCAUUGACACCUUGAGAGUAGUUGUGCGCCGUGGAAAUGAGGACGCCAUCCUAACGGUUGUUCCCAUGGAGAUUGACCCUUGACCCUGCACAAGUCACAGGAGCUGGAGCUAGUUUUAACUCAUUACCAGUGGACCUUACACUGGGGAGGGGACUUCUACUGACACCCUCUCUCCCCUGUGGCCAAGGCCAGUGAUGCCACACAAACAGGACAAGUCUGGCUUUGUCUUAAAAAGGAAUGUACAGAAGGUCAAAAUGGCCAGCAUGGCAAUGAUUUUUUUUUUUAUCUGUUAUUUAGAAAAUCAUGAGGUAAUUACCUGGAAAUAAUCUUGUUGUUUCAUGUUAUCAGGACAAGAAAAUGUUUUUUUCUCAUUUUCAUUAAAUACAGAAACUGAAUAUUUUUCAAGAUAAAGUAAUUUCCAAUCAUCUGAUCCCCCCCGAUUUAAACUUCAAAGUCACUAUGAUGACUGUUGGGUGGAGUACUUAAAUGCACAGUCUUAUCCUUAUUCAAUAUAUCAUCUCUAACAGAGGACAAAAUACAUUUUCUGCAUGUUCAGCUCAGAGUGAAGUACUGUCUGAUACUUUUAAAGUAACAAUCAGUGUUCCUUAAUAAGAAAUUUACAUUUGCAUUAAUGCACAACUCUCCUGAUCCCUGAUAAACAUUAAUAAUCAGCUUUGAAUUCUAUGGAAAUCUUAAGUUAACACAUAUCCUUACAAUACACUUACUCAUUUUUUCUGCAACAAGUAACAAACAGUUGUUUUUUUUAUAUAGAUCUCAUCUUGUUUGUCUUGUAUCAUCAGGACCGCAAAAGCACAAAACAGAGAGAAACAAGUUUAAGUGAGGUCAUCAGUGGGGGCAAUGGUAAUAUGAAAUGUUGUGGUCUGAUCUAACACAGUGAUCAUCUUAUGGUGCUUUUUGCACAUGUCAAAAAGAGAAAAAAGUGUGUAAGGUUUCAAGAAAAAAACUUUAGAAAACUUGUUUUAACAGAAAACAGCUAUAUGUGUUACAUGCAGUGCUGGAAAGAAGCUCCACCUUACUUACACACUAAGACUUUCAAAUUGCAGAACAGCGUAACAAUUGAUGUCCGAUCUGCCUAUUAAUCCAAAUACACAUGCAGAGCUGUUUUCCACUAUUGGCUCUGCUACUGAUCCCAUUCUUGCCCCUGAUGCACCCUUGUUACCAUCUCCAAGGUCCCCAUUACACCUCCAUGGAAUGUGAAGUAAAGGCUAAUGUCAUACAGGAGAGCAAAUAUCACGCCUUGGAAUUACGUUGUGAUUCAGUCUAUCUCAUGAUAGAUGCAUACAACCCUCCUAAAAGUAUUGGUACAGUGAGCUCAUUUCCUUUAUUUUUGCUGUAGACUGAAAACAUCAAAAGAUGAAUAUGAGACAAGAGAUCAACAUGUCAUCUUUUAUUUCCAGGUAUUUUCAGCUGAAUCUGAUGCUUAACUUAGAAGAAAGCAUUGUUUGUAACUGAACACCAAAUUAGUAGGUGAGCAAAGCUAUUUGAAUGUAGCGACUUAGAAUAGAUUAAAGUGAAUAAGACUUAAUAUUGCAAUAACUGCAUCAAGCCUGUGACCCACUGACAUCACCAAACUUUUAUGUUCCUCUUUUGUGAUGCUUUCCAGGCUUUCAUCACAGCCUCUUUUAGUGUGUUUUGGGGGGUUACUCCCUUCAGUCUCCUCUUCAGCAGGUAAAAUGUGAGUUUAAGUCUGGAAAUUGACCUGGCCAGGCUAAACUCUUCCACUUCUUGCCCCAGAUGAACUCCUUUGCUGUUUGGGUCAUUAUCUUGCUAAAUGAUGAAAGAUUUCUUUAUGAGUUUGGUUGAAUCUUUCUUUAAAUAUGCAGACAAAAUGUAGACUUCUGAGUUCAUUUCUGCUACCCUCAUGUGUUACAUCAUCAGAGAAGAUGAAUAAGCCCAUCCUAGAAGAAGCCAUGCAAGCCCAAGCCAUGAUAUUACCUCCACUGCAUUUCACAGAUGAGCUUGUGUGUUUGGGAUCAUGAGCAGAUCCUUUCUUUCUCCAGACUUUAGCCUUACCAUCACUUUGGUAAAGGUUCAUCUUUGACUCAUGAGUCCAUAAAUCUUUGUCCCAAAUUCUAAGGCUUGUCUUUGUACUUUUUGGCAAAUUCCAGCCUGUUCUUCUUGCUAAUGAGUGGUUAGCAUCUUCUGGUGUAGCCUCUGUACUUUUGUUCCUAAAGUCUUCUGAGAACAAUAGAUGGUGAUACCGUCACUCCUGCCCUCUGGAGGUUGUUGCUGAUGUCACUAACAGUUGCCUUAGGGUCUUUCUUUUAAGCUCUUACAACGUUUCUGUCGUCAACUGCUGCUGUUUUCCUUGGACUACCUGUUCGACAUCUGUUACCGAGUACACCAGAGGUUUCUUUCUUCUUCAGGGCAUUCAGAAUGGUUGUACUGGCUAUGUUCAAUGUUUGUGCAGUGGCUCUGAUUGAUUUUACAUCUUCUCUCAGCUUCACAAUCACUUGUUUUUCACCCAUAGACAGCUCUCUGGUUUUCAUGUUGGUUACACCUAGAAAACCAGAGCGUAGACGUUCAGUGCUAUUUAUUGUUUGAAAAAUCAAAGUCAUUGGACACACCUGGGCAACAAAACACACCGGUCAGUCACAUGUUACAAUAAUUUGGUCACAUGAAAAAUGGGUGGGUUCAAACAAAAGAUGCUAUCAUCUAAGUCAUGUAUCAGCUCCAGAUGUAAACACCUGGAAAUAAAAUCUGAAAUGUUGAUCUCUUGUCUCAUAUUCAUCUUUGGAUCCAAAACCCAAAUGUUUUUAGUCGACAGCAGAAUAAAAGAGUCGGCCUCACUGUUCCAAUAAUUUAGGAGGGGAGUAUAAGUCUAUAUCUCAAGAAAACAACCAGAAGUUCCCUGGAAAAUGUGAGUACAUAUGCAUUUUCACCAAGGGUUUCCACAUCUUUGACUUUCAAGAACGUGUUAAAUAUUGUGUUUUCUACAACAAAUAAAUAAAUCACUUGUGAUUUUAUUUAACUGUAUUUAAAAAAAGAAUCAUUGCCAGUUGGCCUUUCUUGGCUCGCGUAGAAACACCUGCAGAUACUCUGUAGGCAGUGUUGUACUCUGUUACUUGUGUGUUUUCACUUUCAAGUCUUUCAAGUCUUUAAACUUUGAUCAGAUGCUUUUCAAGAUCAUUUCUUACUCUUUUUCUCCUUUUGGCCUUUUUUUAUGGACUAUUGCUCAGUCAGGAUUUCAAUUGCAUACUCUGAACAAUUUCCAGACAUGCUAAGUAAACUUCUGAUUCGUAUGAUUGUUGUUUUA